UAUCUGCAAUACCUUGUAUUACCUGCUAAAAAAACAGGAUCCAUACCGAUUUUGUUUUUGUGACCAACAGGCAGAAAAAAUGGCUGGCCAAUACUCACCCCCAAUUUCGUUAGCUGAAAUAGAUGCUAUAUCCAAUUUGAAAGAAGGCAUAAAGAAGUUACGAGAGUUAGGGAUAGACCACGCUGGUGUGAAGAACAAGGACGACGUAGUCCUCAGAUUGAGAAAAUUCUUGAAACUACAUGGUGUAGGUGUGGCUGAGGACCCACUGAAUGCCGCUGAACUAAUGGCAGAUGCCUUGGAGGAAGAUAAAGAGACAAGACAACAGCUUCAGCAAUUAUACAGAGGCACGAUUGAGUAUAUAUCUGGUUUACCAGAAAAAAGACGUGAUGACCUAAAUCAAAACAUUCCGCGAGUGGUAGAAAGAUUACGUGAAAGCAUUGACGAACUCUCUAAAAGCGAAAGUGGGAUUUUAGUAGCAGGUGAGACCGGUGCUGGCAAGAGUUGUCUGUUGAAUCUACUCCUUGGGGAAGAUCUUCUUCCAACGGAUUUCUUCAGUUGUACCGCCGUGCUGUGUGAAUUAAGGUACGGUGACCAAAGGAGGGCUGUUGCACAUUUCUGGGACACCAGUAUACAACCUGUUACCUUGGACCUGGAAGUGCCAGAUCCUCUUAAGGUUUUGAAGCCUUACAUAUUCCAGGAAGAAGGACGAGGGAAGAAGGAAUUUCCAUACAACAGAGUCCAGUUAUUUUGGCCUAUCCCUCUGUUACAGGGAGGUGUCUACAUAAUGGACAGCCCUGGUAUAGGAGAGAGUGAAAUGAUGACAAAACUUACAAAGAGUUACUUGGCCAAGGCAUUUUCCUUCAUCUACGUCAUCAACAGCAUGGUGGCCGGAGGGGUGCAAGAAGAUAGGCUUCAAGAUCUCCUUAGUGAUGUAGUGAGGGGUAAAUUCGAGACAGAAGACAAAAAUAGUGGCACAGAAAAACUUGCUUCUGGAGUUCGUCUGUUCAAUCCUUCAACGGCCAUCUUUGUUCUUAACAAAUGGGACCAGGUGCCAGAAAAAGAGAAAGAUGAUGUUUUCAAAGACACUCUUCGCAAACUGCAAAACAUCUGUGAUGGUUUUACUGCAGAUCAGCUUUUCCCUAUGUCGGUGACAAAGGCACAAAGUGCACUAAAACAGGGCUGUGCGACACCCGAGUUGUCAAAAUUCCUUGUUGGGCUGAAGAAACUUUUUCCUAAGACCCUAAAAUCAAAUCAGGAGACUAAAUACAGAUUAGUAGUUCACAUUCUGCGAAGAUCUGCGUUUCAUCUAAAGUCAGCUUUGAGCAUCUUUGAAAGAUCUGAGGAAGAACGUAAGAAGAAAGCUGCUGAAAUCAUGCGACAGAUUGGAAAAAUAAAGAACAGUUUUGAAGGGAAACGUUUUAAAUUGCUAGGACUUUUAAAGACAAAGGCUCAACAAGCUGCACGACAAAUCAAAGAUUACCUGAAUAAGAAUAACGAGCGUGUCCUUAAAUGGAAAGAUGGCGAUUGUCCAAAGCCAACUGACCAUUGGGAUGAUCUUUACACACAAGCUAGAACCCUCAUCCUCGGGCGAAUCCGUGAACUUCUUGAAGAAUGGAACACAAACACUGAGUUCUUCACAAAUGCACAGAAGGAGCUUAUAGGAAAGUUCCACAUAGAGUUCAACAUCAUGGAGAACCAAGUUGCUCUUUUGGAAGGUCAGUUAACCAGCAACAACAUGCUUGUUGUCGAGGAUGCAAACCCCACAGGCUUAAGAGACGUGGAGGACACUUCUACUUUCACCACCACUGAGAAAGUCAUCAUUGGCGUCACUUCUCCAAUUUGGAUUCCAAUAGGCCUCGUAGCUGCACUUUUCGUUGUCCCUGUUGCCCUUGGGGUGGCACUAAAAGAUCGUCUGAACGAGAAGAAACAAAUCAAAGACUAUACAAAACACAAAGCAGCAGUCAUGGAAACUAUUGCAGAAAAAGUACUCGAACAUUUUAUGUCCGAAGAAAACCUGUCGAAAGAGGUUAUGCGUUACUUGAACUCUGCGGUUGCCACACUGAAUAACCUACUCAGUGCUAUUCCAAAACUACUAGAUGAUGACCUUCAGCUCAUAAAAGGGUUGCUAAGUGAAAGUCAGACAGCGGAGUUGCAACUGUAUCAGAAAAAGCUCCAGUGGAAUGAUGCUUUAGAGGGAGGCCUAGGUUUGUUGUACGUGACAAAAAUCCGGGAAGACAUCAACGCAAACACAGAAAUAUAUUGGAUCUUGCCUGCUUUUGCCACUGGCACGUUUGGUGAAGUUUAUACCGUGAAACUUCUAUCAAGAAACAACAUGAAAGCAGCGGCAAAGGUGAUGAAGCAGUUUGCAACAGCAGAGAACGUGGAUGAGGCUAUACUAGAAGAGGAAAGUUUAAGGAGACUUAAUAGAACCCCAAACAUCAUCAAGUUCAUAGGAACCAGCGCCAUCAUAGAGCCAGAUGGUAACAGGCGCCUUGUCAUUCUAAUGGAGUAUUGCCCCAAAACCCUUGCAAAUCGUAUGUUGAAUGCAGAUGCGACAAGUCCCAAAGGACAACGAGAGAUCAAAAACCCUGGUUUGAAGCAACCAUUAGAUCCUGGACUCGUGCGUUCUGUUGCUUACUUUGGUAUGCAAAUAUGCACUGGAUUACGAGGCAUGCAUGCUCAAGGAUACAUUCACAGAGACUUGAAACCGGAAAACAUAUUGGUAACUGAUAGAGAUGAAGUUCGACUUGCUGAUGUGGGACUGACAAAACCGCAGUGUGACAUCACUGGUACACUAUGUGGAACACUGGUUUACAUGGCACCAGAAAUUCUGAAGAAGGAAAAGUACGGAGCACCAUCAGAUAUGUUUGCAAUUGGGGUCAUGCUUUGGGAAAUGUGGUAUGGGAAACGUGCCUACAAUCUGCCUUGCUUUGAGAACUUCGAAAAUAUAUCAGAUUUUUUGAAGCUUGACUGGACAUCACUUAUUAUCCUUAAGGGUUUUACACCGCCGCCGUCCAUGUGGUGCGAGAAGUUAGGAAAGCUGCUUUCCCCCACACCAUCUGAAAGACCAACAGCAAGCCAAAUAGAGAGAUUUCUUGCAGAAGAAACCCACAAAAGAUUCCGUCAUAAUUAAUUUCCAGAAUAUUGUGGAUAGCAACACAAUCUCAAUAUGGACACCUUCUUUCUAGACAUAGACUGAUAAAGAUUAAUGAAUUUUGAGGGGGAUAUGUUGGCCCAGGCUCUGAAGACACUUUGGAUUAGCUAGAGCAUUUCUGGUAAAGGGGAGAUCCUUUGCCACUUGAUUUCCAAUAUCUUGCCACAGGUUUUCAAUGGGGUUUUGCAUCUGAUGAUUGGGCAGGCCAGUCCACCCUAUUGAUACCACUCUUGCACUGCCCUGGCCCUGUGUGGUGUAGUGUUAUCAUCUUGAAAUAUGUAAGGGGGUUCCUGUCCAAUAAGAUUUAUCAGACCUACGAACCUUCAGACUAUCGAGAUGCCUCUGUCCGGGCAAUGGUUCUUGUAGCCCAUGUCACUCCUCUGCAUCUGUUUACCAAGUGAUGGGUGGCUACCUCCUGUCAAUCCUGCUGUGAAAACCUGAAGCAUGGAGCCUUCUUUGUACAGUUAUUGUGCUAAUUACAACCUGCAAACUGCGCGACCAUUGCAAUGUUAAUUCCCUGCAGGGCUUAAACCUCCUAAGCCUUGACAGCAUAAAAAGGCCCCUGUCGUCUCUGGUAUUAGUCAUCCUUGGGCUGCGACUUCGAUGUAAUUUAUGGGCAUCACCAGUGUCCUCCAUCCUUCUGUAAACCCUAUACACAGGCUGAUGAGAUACACCAUAUCUGGAAGCUAACUGGGUAACAUUGAUAACCUCCUCCCUCAGAGAAACAGUUUCAUUUCUUUCAUUUGUGAUCUCCCGUACCUACAUCAUGAUGGCAACGUGACAGUUAGCAGAACCAGUUAGAGGCACCUUUCAUAGUACACAUGGAUGAAAACUCAUCACUGGUAAAGCAAGCAUUAAACCAAAAAAAAACUUGUUGAACAAACAGGUCCCCCAUGUCACAUAGAGCACUAUUCACACAGGGGGUGCAAUACUUAUGUCACCCUCUGUGCAUUCUAAUCACCAUGUCCAUUUGGCAUUUUCUGGGCAGGUAAUGAUUAAAUGUUGAAUCAUAUAUCGUUUUUUUAAUGAAUAGAAAUUCAUAACCAGUAGGACGUUCACUGUUGCACAAUAUGAUUUUUUUUUUUCAAAAAUAAUUUGUCAUGUUUUCUAUGAAAUUUGAUUAAUU